UGGCAGUGUCUAGUGUUUUUCAAGAUCUUCCUUAUCUGGUUAGGCUUCAAGCUCUUGUAGAGGUGGAGAAUAGAAGUUCUCAAAGGGUACUGGAAAAGACUGGGUUUGUGAAAGAGGGUCUGUUGAGGAAAUACGGGUAUUGUAAAGAAUCCUUCCCAUCUUUGGCUAUGAAGAAUCUCAAAGCAAAAUAUAAGCAAUUACAAUAUUAGAUGUAAGCAAGAUAAUGUCAGCUUGAAUUCAGAAAAUCUAUCGAAGAGAAUUUUUCUACAGUAACCCAGGAGUUCAAACUCAAAAGUGUACGUAGAAAAACUCUUCAAUCAACAGCAUCAAGCCAUCUUUGAGGUUAUGCCCCCAUAAACCUAAGAUUGUGAUUCCCCCAUACAGCUAAGAUGAGCCCUCCUCUUGGAUGUCUAGUUAUGCAACUCUGUUCCGAGUUAUGAAAUAUCCUACUUGCGGGGAUAAAGAAAGGUCGAACAAGGUGGCCAUGACAUUAGCACCUCUAGCAGCCAGAGCCGUUCCUUUCUAUCCAGAAAAUAAUGCAUUCCUUGGUCUCCACUAAAAGCGAAGCAAAAUUGACCCUGUUAAAGACUUGGGACCCCAAUUUUGUUUUCUUUCAUGCUUUAGUUCCAGAAAAUUCCUUGUUGUCACAUACUAUCUAUCAUUCAAGCACUAGCAUUUUCUUCUGGGUAAACUACUGCUUGUCUACUUGAUGAUACUUCAAUCAUUUUAGACAUCAAGUUCCUAAAAGAAUUACCAAGAACCCGAGGCUUCUGCUCUAAAAAAUCAUCAUAUAGGUGAAGUGAACAGAUGGAGCAAAAUUCUUUCACGUCAGACUUCUUAAAAGAGGGUGGUGAUGAACUCUCAGACCUCACUUCGGCCAUUGGAUCUCUCCUACAUCGAUGAUUUCAUGGCUUGGGCUACGGAUGAGAAAGUUGCUCUUUUAUGCUCUUGGGAACCUUACCCUAAGAAGAUGCCAUGGAUUACAUAGAAAAUUCUGUUCCACGUCCACAUCCAUGGUUCAAGGCAAUAUGCCUUAACAACAGGCCUAUUGGUGCCAUUUUCAGGGACAAAAAUUCAGGCAACAAUAUAUGUAGAGGUGAACUUAGCUAUGUUUUGGCUUCCCUAUGGUGGGGUAAAGGGUUUGCAAAUGGUUACUACACCUAUUUUUAUUGAGUGGCCACAUCUGGAGAGAUUAGAAGCGGUGGUAGAUUUAUAAAAAUUAUAGAAAAAAUUAAAAGGCUUGGGUUUUCACUAUAGCCCUACCUCUGAUUGCUACAAUGGUUAUAUAUAUAUAUAUAAUUUCACCCUUAUAAGAUUAGAGUUAGACCAAGAUUAGUGUGGGCUACGCCAUGUAAAUAUUAGAGUUAUACAAGAUUUUUUCUCACGUUUUACGGCUAAUUACAUCUCCUAGCAAUAUUAAACGAAAGCUCUGGAUUAUUAUAGUUAUAAAAGAAACCAAAAGAUUGAAGGAAAAAUAAACAUUAACUAUUCUUGUUCACAUAGAUUUAUUUUAACUGUGGAUUACAAUGUUUAUUCCUGUACUUAAUUUUUUUAUUUAAUAAAUUUUAUUUUUUUAUAAUUUAAUCCUUCUAAGUUAUAUUAGCAUGAUUUUAUGUAUUUUUUUUUUUUACUUUGUUUGCUCUCACCUCUCACGUAUACAAAGUAAAUGAAUUUUAUAAAAAGAAAUAACAGAUUAAGGAGAAUGAGAACGAGAGUGUUGGAAAUCAUAUGUCUUUGAUUUACGCCAAUGAGACGCCGUUGAAGGAUAGGGAGUCGUUGUUGGAGCGUAAGAGUAGGGAUUUUUAUGGGGUUUUGGUUGCGUCUACUCGGCGUGAAGAGGAGAGUCAGAGAUUUGAGAGUCAACAUAGGAAAGAUGGGUUGGUGGCGAAGAGUAGGUUAAUGGGAGCUGAUGAGAGAGGAAUCGGGUGUGGUGGUGAUGAAUUGGGUUAUGAUUCGGCAGCCAAGCCCAAAAUGCAUUUGAAAGGUAGGAAAAUUAGGGAGGGAGUGCACAUAAUUUUGGUACCUAGCGCGUUUCAGACUUUGAUUACAAUUUAUAAUGUGAAGGAGUUUUUGGAAGAUGGGAUUUAUAUACCUACGGAUGUGAAGGUUAAACAGAUGAAAAGGCCGAAACCAGAGUGUGUAACAGUGCAGAAGAAGUUUAGUACUGAUAGGAAUAGAGUGAUGACGGCUUAUGAGGUGAGGGAUAAGCCGUCUGCACUUAAAGCUGAUGAUUGGGAUAGGGUUGUGGCAGUUUUUGUGUUGGGGAAGGAGUGGCAAUUCAAGGAUUGGCCUUUUAAGGAUCGUGUUGAGAUAUUUAAUAAAAUUAUUGGAUUUUUCAUGCGGUUGGAAGAUGAUAGUGUAGAGUCAGCAAAGAUUGUGAAGCAGUGGAAUGUAAAGAUUAUCUCGAUUAGCAAGAACAAGAGACACAAGGAUAGAGCUGCAGCAUUGGAGGUGUGGGACAGAUUAGAAGAAUUUAUGCGCUCACGAUCACACACUUGAAGCAUGCAGAAUUUUAGAAGUUUGCAUCUUUUUUUUUCCUCCCUUAAAUCCUAUUUAUGUUUGCAUAUCUUUGAAUUUUGCAAAUCUAUAUCAAGGUAUCUGUCAACAUGGUUCUGCCAUAUGGUGAAUGCAUUAUGUUUAGAUGGUGGGUUAAACUAAUUGAUUUUCUUUGAAGCAUGUGCUGUUAGUGUGCUAAACAUUGCUCCCUGAAAGUAUCAGUUGUAAUAUUCCAUCCAUAUGCUUCACUAUUCUUUGCAGCAUAUGGAUGGAAUAUAGCAUUUAUAGUUAGAUAGCAUGCCUCUCCAUGCAAACCUUUUUUAUUUUAUAAUUUUGUUGAUGGUGAUGCCUGGAAUACAUGCUGGAGCUAUGUUCUGUUUUCUUUUAUUUUUCUUUCUCUGGUUUUUCUGUGAUAUUGAUCUUAUAGUUUUUGACUGAGUGUCCCUGCCCUUGAAUAAUAUAUCAGUGCAAAAGUUGGCAGUGACAUAAACAAGAUACUUGUCCAAACUGGAGCAAUGCGUAAAUGUGCUUUGAAUCAUUGUAUGGCAUGACCUGGAGAUUUUAAUGAAUACCCAUUGAUAUAAUUUUGCUUGAAGUGAGUGGGUAACGUAAACAAUUUUAUCCAAACCCAUAAUGGGCUGAAUGAUGUUUGCUUGAUCCUAGUUUCUACGAACAUUCAGAAAAGAAGAAACCUAGAGUUAGUUUGAUAGGUUCACCAGCAUUAUCAUGGAUAUUUGCAAAAACAUGGUUUUUGGAUGUGAGUUUUGAACAUAUGCUAGAUCCCUUGCGCAGUCAGCAAAUUAGCUUGUUCUUCAACAAGCCAAACUAGAGCAAUUGAACUAAAGAAAAAACAAGAAGGGCUGGACUGAAUUUGCAACCGCUUGAGCUAGGAAGCCCUGCUCCAUGCUUUUUCAAGGUGAUUGGCUAGUAUAAUCAUUCAAUCUGAGUUUUGAUUUUGCAGUUGGCUCCAUUCACCAGCCUCUCCUAAGCUCAAACCGAGAAGCAUUGAUUACUGUAGAGGUGAUGUGAAACGAUGACAAGCAUUCCUUGCCUGAAUAUGUGGAUGUUAUGGCCUCCUAUUUGUUUCAUUUUGUUCAAGGUAUCUUCCAAUGGUGUGUCACAACUGAGAGCUGGAGGCUUUGGUUUUUGCAGGAGUGAAUCUGACAAUUUGAAAGGCAGGGUUUACAGCACAAGUGUUUACAUUUUAUGCUGUACCUGAAGGGGAGCUUGGAGCUUCUGAUGUUCCUGCGGGUGAGGCAGCUGGAGAGGCACCUGCCCAAUACAAUGAUGAGUCAGCAUCGGAUCAGAAUGAAAAUUUUGAAACUGUGCAGUGAUAUCUUCGUGGUUAUAUAAAUUUUAUCUUAUUUUUUUUAUGCUGUCUCCCCUAGCUGUUGUCCAGGGAGAUCUAGCAUCUCAGAUUUUGGCACAGGAGUUUUGACAGGGUAAUUGAAAGGAAGUUGAGAUUGCAAAGAGAGAAGUGAACCAAAUUCUUUCUUACCAUUGCAGCUGCUAAUGGGUGGAGUCUGCACGUUGCAAGCACCAGGUAAGGCUAUAGCCUGAGUUUGGUUGACAUUGAUCCCUAGUGAUGAGCCGCCGCCAUUAAGAACUUGGCACAAGCACUGGGGUGAUGAGCGAACAACACUAGCUAGCUGAGUGCAGCAUUGUGAGGAUGGAGUUGAGGAGUUCCCUGUAAUGUAAUUUAGGCACGGUGACAUGCUGAUUAGAACACUUGUACAAUCUGAUUGAGCCAUGGCUCGUGCACAAAGCAUGGUCACUAGGACCAUGGCCAAAUCCAUUGACAUCGCUGUGUGGGCCAUUGAAUCUCCAGUUAGGUGAUGGAAAUGCUCGUGGAAUGUGGAGAUCUCUUGGUAACUAUUAUGUUUGAUUUAGUUUGAUGGGGGGAGGAGAAAGGGAUACGGUAUUUAUAGGAACCUGAUGCAAGAUUAGGCAAAUGAGAAAUCGGUUAUGUGGGUGACCAACCCUUCCUAAUUUCCUACGGGUUAUUAUUCAAUGAACUAGGUCAGCUUGGACCUGAAGAUGUUCAAACCAGGAGACUUUUGUAAUUUGCUGCGAGGCUUACAUGGGAGGGUUCUGAAGUUCGGCUAUGUGGGUAACCAACUCGUGCUGUCUGACUAUUCGAUAGGGAUUGGGAAAAAAUCUCCCAGGAGCAGCCUAGAUGUCUCAAAGCGGUGACUUUUUAGUUUUUAUCGGCUUGCCAUGCCCCAAGAAGAAAGCAUAACGUGUUUCUGACUCCACCUUUACUGGAUUUUGGCUUCGCACCUUUCCCUUUGAAAAUCAAGAAGACGUGGUUUUGAAAGCAGAAAAUUCUCGUGGAAGAAAAUCAAAGAGACCAAUUGCCCUCUCAGAUUCUGACAACUGUUGGUCGUCUACGUUCAAACCUAAGAAAAAGUGAUAGUUGUAUCUUCCACAAUGAACGGGGAUCAAACUUUGUCCACGAAAAAGUAUGGCGGCAGCUAUGCUUCAAGAAGAAAAAAUUAUGGUGGCAGCUAUGCAUCUGCCGUGUGACCAAUCCUCGAUACUAUUCUUACACGGUUAGAGGGGUGGGGUUUGGAGUUCUUGUCCAUCAAUUGGUUAUAUAAUGCUAAACAUUGUUGAUGAUGUUUCAAAAUACUGUUGCUGCAAUAUGAUCCACUCUCCAUUGUCAAUAUAGCCAAGAUUAAUGCUACUCAAGGUAGGAGACCAAGUAUUUGUGUGAGGAAGAUGAUGCUUAAGAGAGCCAAGAUAUUUAGAGAGUGUAGGGAUCCAAAACCCUUUAUGUGGGUAGUUUAAGAAAUAUUUGUAUUCAUUGAACAUUGUUUUUUUAUUCACCCGAAGAGUAAUUUUUAUUUUAGGCUCAUUUAUUAGGAGAUGAAGACAUAUUAUACCUGUGAAGAUUUUCAUGCAUUUAGAGGUGUAAGUGUAGCAUAGGCCUGUCCUCAUCUAUAUAAUUAAAAAGAUAUAAUUCCUUACAACUUAGAUAGGAGAUGAUUUUAGGCAUUUUAUUCAAAUCUAUAUGUGUUAUGUUCAAAUAUAAUUUUAGUCUAAA